AUGGAGUGUUACGUCGAUGAUCUGGUGGUUAAAACAAAAAGGAGGGAAGACCAUUUGGCAAAUCUACGAUCCGUGUUCAGCCGCUUGAGAAAGUAUCAGCUUAAAAUGAACCCCCGUAAAUGCGCUUUUGGCGUAACAUCUGCUGUCAAAGGACAAGUAUUGGCAGAUUUCUUAGCUGAUCACACAGUUCCGUCUGAUUGGGAGUUCUCUGAUGAUUUCCCGGAUGAAAAUGUGUUUUACAUUGAAGUAAUGCCACCAUGGAUGAUGUUUUUUGAUGGGGCUACACGUCAAGAAGGAGCGGGGGCAGGUGUAGUGUUUGUUUCUCCACAACGACAAAUACUUCUAUACUCUUUCUCAUUAAGCGAACUUUGCUCUAACAACGUAGCCGAAUAUCAAGCAUUGAUUAUUAGUCUACAAAUGGCCAUUGAGAUAGGCAUAUCACAACUUGAGAUGUUGGGAGACUCCAAAUUAUUUAUCAACCAAAUCUUGAAGCAAUAUGACGUCAAGAAAGAAGACCUCAUCCUCUAUUGCAAAUAUGUGAAAAAGUUGCUAGCAAAUUUUGAGGCCAUCACAUUGGAGCAUAUACCAAGGAAGGAGAAUAGACAGGCCGAUGCUUUAACCAAUUUGGCUACUGCCUUAGCAUUAUCCCAAGAAGAGACAACCAAAGUUGCUAUUUCCCAAAGAUGGGUGGUAACUCUCGUGGUUGAAGAAGAAGAAGAAGAGCAAGCCAACAUCAUUUCUGUAUGCCUUGUCGAAAAAGAAGAUUGGCGACAAGUGAUCAUUGAAUACCUUCAACAUGGAAGACUUCUGGAUGAUAAACGCCAUAAGACCGAAAUUCGGCGGAGGGCUACACGAUUCAUUUACUAUAAAGGCACUCUCUUCUGCUGUUCAUUUGAUGGAUUGUUUCUCCGUUGCUUAGGAGAGGAAGAGGCUAAACAAGCCUUAGAGGAGGCUCAUUUUGAUAUAUGCGCCGCACAUCAGUCAGGUCCUGAGUUACAUUAUAGGAUCAAACGAAUGGGUUACUAUUGGCCUACAAUGGUGCGAGAUUCUAUGGAAUGGCCAUUACCAAAGUCAUCCAGUGGCCACUUGUACAUCUUGGCCGCAACUGACUACUUCUCGAAAUGGGCGGAAGUUGUACCCCUUAGGGAAGUGAAGAAAGGAACGGUGGUCAAUUUCAUUCGAACUCACUUGAUCUAUCGGUAUGGUGUCCCUUGGUAUAUCAUAAUUGAUAAUGACAAGCCAUUCUACAAUAGGCUGAUAACAGAGCUAUGUGAGAAGUUUGAAUUUAAACAAUACAACUCCUCCAUGUACAAUGCCCCGGCAAAUGGACUAGCUGAAGCGUUUAACAAAACAAUUGGCAGUUUGUUGAAAAAAGUGGUAUCCAAGACAAAGCGAGACUGGCAUGAAAGAAUUGAAGAAGCAUUAUGGGCAUAUCGAACAACAUUUCGAACGCCUACUCAAGCAACGCCAUAUUCUCUUGUCUACGGAGUGGAAGCCGUCCUUCCUUUAGAACGCCAAAUCCCAUCAUUACGGAUUGCCAUUCAAGAAGGAUUGACUGGAGAAGAAAAUGCCAAGCUCAGGUUGCAAGAAUUAGAGGCACUUGAUGAAAAAAGGCUUGAGGCCCAACAACGCCUUGAAUGCUAUCAAGCUCGUCUUUCAAGCGCAUUCAAUAAAAGAGUCAAACCACGAUCAUUCCAAGUUGGUGACUUAGUCUUCACCGUUUGA